CGAAAAAAUUACAAUAUUCUGAAGGUCGACCUUUGGCCUCCACUCACAAAUCCAUCAUGGCGGUUGCAGAUCUUUAGUACUCACUAUUUUGGUAGAGAAGUUACUCUUGUACAACCUUCUGCCGACACUGGUGAGGCUGGUGACGACAUCUGGGAGUCUUCAGCCAUUUGGAGAGAACCUACGAUAGGGGGGAGUAGAGUGGCAGAGCCAUGGCAUCCCCGAUCGAGGUCGAUGACCCCAGCAUCGUGUCUGCUCGCCCUCGCACCAGGCCACAGAUCAACCCCGGAGCCACAGAGAAACUCCAGCAGGACCUGAAGAGGCUGGUGCAGACGGAGCAGCCCAAGUUUAACGGACCAACCAACAGGGACAAGAAGCAGGGCGACAGGCCCGACUCCUGGCGAGUAGGCGGUAGGAAGUCGUGGAAGAAGCAUCAGCACAAGCUGGCCCGCGGGGAGAGAUUAGACAAGGAAGGGAGGCUGGACUUCACAUCGGAUGAGACUGGCUCACCCCAGUUUAAGGACCUCAGGGACAGGAGUGGUAGGGACAGGCUCCAGUCAGCUGGAGGAACCAGACAAGUCCAGUCCACUGAGGGCAAGCUGAGCAUUACAGUAGACAAUACUGCAACGCCACCUGGUGGCCAGUACACCAUACUGCAGAGGGGACGUAACAACCAGAGAAGUGGGAAGCCCAGCACACCUGGAACAGGCGACACAGAUGGUACCUUAAGCUUCCAACGACCUUUCACCCAGCAGGAGGCAGACCAAUCAGAACGGAAGAAGGCAAAAAAGGGACAGGCCAAAAACAAGAAGAAAAGAGAUGCAGGAGACAAACAAGGGAACAAGGAGGAACGGACAGGAAAAGAUGGAGAUCCAGCCUCUGAUGACAUCAUCCCAGAAUCCACCUCUCCUGAGCUCAUCAAACUAGAGGCACAGCUGGAGCUGGACUAUAUCUUCAGGCUGAAGAAGCGAUCUGCAGCCUUCCCUUCUGCCAAGUACUUCUGCCGCCUCUGCCAGUACCACUGUGACACCCCUGCUGUGUGUCAGCGGCACAUCAAGGAGAGCAAGUCACACAGGGUCAGGAUACAGGGAAAACGAGCCAAUGAGGAGCUGCGAAAGAUCCCGGCGCCGAGCGUGGGCCAGGUGUCAGCGCUGACAGUACUGCUGGAGAGGGUUGAGAAGGAGCAGGGUCUGCAGGAGACUGACAGGACAGGGCGGCACCAGCUGGCAGACAGGGUGCAGACCAGCAUACAGAAAACAUUACCUGACUGUAAGAUCCAGCUGUAUGGAUCCUCCCUGAGUGGCUUUGCCCUGAAGAGCAGUAAUGUCAACUUGGACGUGUCUGUGCCUAAGGAGGCCAACCCUUCUGAGAUUCUUGCCAAAGUAGAGCAGAUAUUAGCACAAGAAGAGUCCUUUGCUGAAGUAGAAUCCAACUUUUCAGCCAAGAUUCCCUGCAUUUCAUUCAAGGACAGAAAAAGUGGGCUGCAGUGUAUCCUGAGUACAGGGAACGAUGCAGCCAUCUCCACCUGUAAACUCCUGGCCACCUACGCACGCAUCGACAGGCGGGUCAGAACGCUGGGGUUGGCCUUCAGAUACUGGGCCAGGGUGUGUCACCUGGACUGUCAGAGUGAGGGCAGCAUGCCUCCCCACGCCUACAUCAUCAUGACUGUGUACUUCCUACAGAACCACCAGCCACCACUCCUGCCAGUACUACAUGAGGCUAUCCCUGACAGCAUCCAUCAUACCACAGUCAUAGAACAGGAAGGCAAAGUGCUCAUACCCAGGGUGGAGAAAAACUCAGAGCCAGUGGAUGUAACAUCGUACCGACAGACCCGCGGCGAGCUGGGUGCCCUGUGGCUGGAGCUGCUGCGGUACUACAGUGUGGAGGUGGAGCUGGAGGAUGUCGUCAUCUCCAUCAGGAAGACCAGCGCCAUCACUCGUGUGGAGAAGAAGUGGCCCCACCGUAGGAUGGCUGUAGAAGAUCCAUUCUCCACCAAGAGGAACACAGCCAAGUCCCUGAACAGUCCAGCCGUGUUUGACUUCCUGACAGACAGGCUCAAACAGGCCUACAUGUACUUUGGUGUCAGGAAACCUUCCAGUGGAGCAAGUCAGGAAAACAGAGGGAAGGUUGGAAACAGGAGGACUGAGAAGCAAGAUAAGACCCAGACCCUGGCCAGGCCUGCUGUUUCCCGUGUCUACUCUGAGUCUGAGUCAGAAGCAGAGAAAUCUGGCCAGAACUUCAGCUAUGACUUGGACCAUCCAGGUGACAGUGAUGAUGGAGAUGAUGGGGAGGAUGAGGAGGAGUUAGAAGAAGAGGAGGAGAGUUCCAAUGAGGAGACCAUCAGCUCCUACAUGGACACCUCUCUCUCCGACACCAACAGCACCCGUCCCAGGGAGUCCGUCAGUGAUCUGGACCUGCUCGUCGAGUCUGUCGUAGAAAACUGUCUGUAUUCCACAGCGGAGAGCUGUGUGGAGUCAACGAGUGAGCUAGACGUGACCACAGAAGACGAGGUGACGGAUGGAGCUGGUGGAUACAGGAGUGACGAGAGCGGCACCAAGCCUAGCAAAAACACAGAUGAACCACUCGGUAAAACUGUGGAGGGGAACACAAACCUUGGGCAGAACAUGUCAGCCAGUUGUCAGAAAGUGUCUGUUAAUAACUCUCUGCAUCCCAACCAAAGUCUCAGCUCUUGCCAUGCCAACAUGAUGACCCACUGGACAAUAGACGAGGCUGCUGCUUUCCUAGUCAAGUCGGCUAUCAAGUCGGCACUGAUGUCUUUUGUGAAUCCUGACAAACCAGACCAGAGCGCAGAGGAAGGAGACAAGAAAGGAAACAGCUUACAGAGCAGAAAGGAAGAUGAAAAUAACACGGUUUCCACUGAAACAUGUCAGUUUGAAUUCACCUCUCAAGCCCUGACUGGGGGAAAGAGGCCUGUAGUGACAUGCAGUCUGUGCAAGAAAGACGGGCACCUAAAGGAUGAUUGUCCUGACGAGCUUAAAAAAGAGUUGAAGCCCCUUCCAGAACUGACCCCACCACACCAAGACCUGCUGGAUAGAGUCUGUAUGUACGUCUAUGGUUCCCACCUGUGCCUGUUUGGGUCUUCCAUGAAUGGAUUUGGCUUUAAGGGCAGUGACCUUGACAUCUGUAUGACCUUGGAGGGUCAUGAGACCAGUGACGACUUGGACUGCAUUGACAUCAUAGAAAGGCUGGCAAAGCUUUUAAAGAAGCAUAUAGACUUGUACAACAUCCUGCCCAUCACCACAGCAAAGGUGCCCAUUGUGAAGUUUGUUCACCGCCCGAGUAAACUGGAGGGUGACAUCAGUCUGUAUAACAUCCUGGCCCAGUACAACACCCGUAUGCUGAACAUGUACGCAGCUAUGGAUGAGAGGGUUCGUAUUCUGGGCUAUACAGUCAAGAGGUUUGCCAAGAUCUGUGAGAUUGGCGAUGCGUCCCGCGGCAGCCUGUCAUCGUACGCCUACAUCCUCAUGCUCCUGUAUUUCCUGCAGCAGAGGAAACCAGCUGUCAUCCCUGUCUUACAGGAGUUACACGAUGGCCAGCCCAAACCAGAGAAGAUGGUGGAUGGUUGGAAUGCCUGGUUCUACGACGACCUGCAGUCGCUGCCCCAGAAAUGGCCCCACCUUGGGGAGAACAAGGAGACGGUCGGGGCACUCUGGAUCGGUCUGCUCAGGUUCUACACCGAGGAGUUCAACUUCCGCGAACACGUCAUCUGUAUCCGCCAGUCCGCCAUUCUCACCAGGUUUGAGAAGAUGUGGACAUCCAAGUGUAUAGCAAUAGAAGACCCCUUUGACCUGAAUCAUAACCUUGGAGCUGGUGUGUCCAGGAAAAUGAACAACUUCAUCAUUGGCGCUUUUAUCAAGGGGCGUGAAAGCUUUGGGAUGACCAUGCGCAGUGACCUGCUACAUCAAUACAUGCCGUAUGUAGUGGAGUAUCUGUUUGAUGCAGAGGUCCUGACGGACGGAGCCCAGCCACCUACUGACAGGUGCUGUAGGAUAUGUGGAAAGAUCGGACACUUCAUGAAGGAUUGUCCGAAGAGACGCACGGGUAAGAAGGAGAAAAAGAGGGAAGGUGACCAGGGAGGGGAUCAGCAAAGACUCCCCCAGAGAAACAAUGGAUCAUCCCGAAACAACAGGACCCCAGGGGGGAGGGGCACUCCUCAGUCAGCAAAGGAGCAUGCACCUGACCAUCUACUGUACCCAGUUUUGUAUCAGCCAAUGGUUGGGCCUGAUGUAAGGUUACUCCAGGGCUACUAUGACAGGAGAAACAUGAUGGACCAUGACCCACGCAGUCCCCCACGUGGGCCGUACCAACCCACGCCUAACCAGGGCCAGUACCGGGGCAGUCCCCACAGACAGGGGGGCAGGGAAGACCCCCCAGCCAGACCCAUGUACCAGACCCCCCCACAGCCUGUUCCAUUUGGCCGACAGGGGGGUGGGUACUACAGCAGGCAGAGGCAGAACUCCCGGGAGCAGGAACAGUACGGCAGGUCACCUGAGGGGAGGAUGCCGUUGUAUGCAAGAGCCCACGAGUCCCCCCAGUUUACCUCUAGCCCCAAAACUACCUCACAGCCAUCCCACAAUCCUCGAGGGGGCACCAACUAUUUCCCCAUCCCCACCAUGCAGUACACCAAUCAGCAGCUGACACAUCAUCCUCGAUCAGCCAAUCAACAACCAACACCUUCACCUCCAGCCAAUCAGCAAUUUGUUGCCCAUACAUCAUCCCCUAAUCAGCAGCUUGGAGUCUCACCAAGAUCCAAUCAACAACUACCCAUGCAUCAUCUGGCCAAUCAGGUGUCACCUCAGGUAGUUCAAGCACAGAACAGGCAGCUGCCCCAACCCAGACAGAACUGGGGUGAAGUGCCGCAACAAGUCGUGAUGACCACACAGGGCCUGGUUUUCCUGUCACCGUCACCCCCCCACACCUAUAGUGCACCCUUCCACAUCUCCAGCAGUCCACCUUACCAACCACAUGGAGCACAACCACCAAGAUAGCAAAUGUAGGGGUAGGGGGGAGGAGGGUUUGUUUUGAUAUAAAUUAUGUAAGGUGCUGAUCAUAACCAUAGCAACAAUGCAUGCAUCAAUAAUAUACUUCAGGACCACACUGAUGUUUUGACCUUUUAUAGCAUUUCUGAAUUUGGAAUAAUCUAGGUGAAGCUAGUUUGUACACAGGAAAGAGUCAUUUCUGUGUUUUUGUUGAGAACAGGUAAGAUGAGUUUACAGACUCGGAGCUGAAAAGGGCUACUGUACCAGCAGGGAGCAUUACAUUGGUGGACCAAACCAGUAAUUUAUGUGUAAGUAGUGUAACAGAACCAUGCCACAUUUACAACCACACUUAUACAGGUCUGGUACACGUACAACCACAUGUAUAACCACACAUACACUGCUCUGCCACACGUACAACCACACGUACCCUGGUCUGUAACACAUAACCUGGUCUGCCACACGUACAACGACACAUGCGCUGGUCUGCCACAUGUACAACCAUGCGUACCCUGGUCUGCCACAUGUACAACCACAUGUACCCUGGUCUGCCACAUGUACAACCACAGAAACUCUGGUCUGACACAUGUACAACCACACAUACCCUGGUCUGCCACACGUACAAUCACAUGUACCCUGGUCUGCCACACAGACAACCACACGUGCCCUGGUCUGCCACACGUAUCCUAGUCUGCCACACAGACAACCAGGCAUACCCUGGUCUGCCACACCUACAACCACAUGUACCCUGGUCUGCCACACAUACAACCAAACGUAUCCUGGUCUGCCACACCUACAACCACAUGUACCCUGGUCUGCCACACAUACAACCAAACGUAUCCUGGUCUGCCACACCUACAGCCACAUGUACCCUGGUCUGCCACACAUACAACCAAACGUAUCCUGGUCUGCCACACCUACAACCACAUGUACCCUGGUCUGCCACACAUACAACCAAAGGUAUCCUGGUCUGCCACACCUACAACCACAUGUACCCUGGUCUGCCACACAUACAACCAAACGUACCCUGGUCUGCCACACAUACAACCAAAGGUAUCCUGGUCUGCCGCACAUACAGCCACAUGUACACUGGUCUGCCACACGUACAACCACAAGUACUCUGGUCUGCCACACAUACAACCACCCGGAACCUGGUCUGCCACACAUACAACCACACAUACGCUGGUCUGCCACAUGUAGAACCACACAUACCCUGGUCUGCCACAUUUACAUCUUGCUGCUAUUUCACCAUCUGUUUUUCAUGUGGUGUAAUAUGAUCUCCAUUUACCAUGAGGAUAUCAUAAGUCACUUCUCUUGUGUAGAUAACAACAGUUCUGUAACAUUUACCUCUUGGACCAACAAAACCAUGGUACAGGAAAUGAUUCAAAAUAAUUGUGUGGUCUCAACUGUUAAAAGCAUGUAUACCCGCAUUGUACUAGUAGCACUGUGUUUAAUAUACAUAUUGCAUAUAUGUGAUAAUACAUUCACUUUGCAUUCUGUGUAAUUGAUAGCCAACAGCAGCAACAGCAAAACAUAAAGUUGAAAAUGUGUAAACUACAUUUAUCUGUAUGAGAUGCUGAUGUAUGAAUUUCAACCUGUUGGGUUCCAAUGUGUAGAUACAACAUACUGUACUUGAUUUUUAGAUUGAAUUAUUUCUAUCCUUGCACAGUACACUCUUACUCAGAUAUUCCUACAGUAGACCUGUACUGUAUGUGCUUGCAGGCAACACAUUUCUUAAUUUCUAUGUCACAGCUUAGCUAAAGAUUCCAGCCAGGGAACCUGGCUUCAUACAAACCUACUUUCAGUUUGAGGACUGUCAUGUUGACAUUUGACGGGAGCCUGUUAGAAGUACAAAGGAGAAGUGUGUACUGAAAGGCAUAUGAUGUAGAAAGUUUCAGAAUGAUGCAGAUGUGGAAUGGUUUAGUUAGAACAUCCCAGGGACUUGAGGGGUAUGGUGGGUUUGUUGUGGUGCUGGAGAGCUGUGAUAGUGAAACAUGAUUGAACCAGAUACAUGAAGUAAAUAUGAAAGGAAGGAAAUGGCUGAAGCAAAACCCAACAGGAACCCUAAUGAUUUUAUAGAAGUGCUAGGAGCUUAUAUGUACAUUAGACACAAAAGCUGCUCAGUAUUUCUCUUGUUUUUCCUAUGAUUCGAUGUUUGUGAAUUGGAGCUGUACAGAUACAUGUACAGUUUGGUACUUGUAUGGAUUCAUUCUCCCGGACAUGCAGGAAAGUCAGUAACUUACACAGGAGUACUUCAACUUAGACACUCCAAAGUUUCAUAGAUAAAAGAGGAAAGUAGUGGGCUUAUGGUUUGCCAUAGAGGCUAGUUUGCCUGUAUUUUCCUGUCAGAUCUUUUGGCUGAGCCUUCCAGCUUUUAAGACACUAGAUCACAUUGUAAUACUAAAGCACACACAAAUAGUGGUGGGUACCGGUACAGAAAAUUUGGGUCCAGUUCAGGUAUGUGUAUGUGAAAACAUGUGAAUGGACGAUACUCAAAACGAUGGUCCAUUUUGCUCCAACGAAGUAUCUUUUUGUGGAGUAUUUGACUCCCACUGGCGUUCUAAAAUCCUGCAAGACUAACUGCCUCUGUACGAUUGACUUUAAAACUUAAAGUUUGUAGAAAUUACUAUAAACUCUACUCCGCUUCGCUCUUGUUUUUUUUUUCUUUGCCCGGUAAGCUUAAACACUUUGUGUCAUUUCUAAUAGGUCCAACACCCAGUCUACUGAUUUUUUUCAGGUCCAGUUUUUCCGGACAGGUCCAAUAAGAAAAAACAGUACCCACCCCUACACGCAAACAAUUAUGGUACCAUCACAAUUGACUUCUAGAUACACACUGUGCUCUAAUUAAUUAUAUCAGUUUGCAAAUUGUUGCUUUUGCAGCACCAAACCCUAUUAAAAGUUUUGUAUAGAUUUUCAACCUUAAGCUACAAUCUUGAGUAAUCGUGAUGAUUUCAUUUGCAAGUCGACACAUUAUAUUGGCCAGCAUGAUGUUUCCCUGCAUUGUAGUAAGGCACCCAGGAAUGUUACCUUGUAGAUAAUUACAUAUCAUUGCUUCCUUGUACUAAUUUUGUUCCCAGGAUUAGCACAGAGUGUAUAUUGUAUAAUUGACCUGUAGUUGCCUUUCAUAGAAUUGUUUUGCAGUAGAUUUACCAGGUGCUCUCUAAAUAUGGCUUGCCCACUAUUUGCAGAAUAAACUGGGACCUCAACACCCCAACAGUUGAAGUAUGGAAAAACCAAUAAAAAGCUUGAUGAA